AUGGAAUCAGUAGCCAUGGUAGAAUGUCUGGUUGAACAACCUAAAAAUGAAUGGAAAAAAAUUAUUGCUCUAUCACGUCGUCCGAUACAGUUUGAAAAUAAUGAUGACCGGAUUCAAUUUGUAUCCAUUGAUGUUUUGAAAUCAAGUGUUGAAGAUUUAUGUAAAGAAUUAGAAAAAGUUGGUGGACAAGAGGUGACACAUGCCUAUCAUUUUACGUAUGUAGCUAAAAAUAGUGAACAAGAAUUAGACAAUGUUAAUAAAGAAUUACUUUGUAAAGCACUUGAAGCAACAAAAAAAGUGGCAAGAGAAAAUUUACAAGUCUUUUUAUUACAAACAGGUUAUAAGUAUUAUGGUACACAUAAAGGUGGCGAAUAUUUAGCACCAAGACCGUUUUAUGAGUGUACACCUCGUCAUAAAGGACUAAAUUUUUAUUAUACACAAGAAGAUAAACUAAAAGAAGAAGCAAAGAAAAGUAAUUUUAUGAAUUUUGCUGUGAGUAUAGCUCUUUACGCGUGUAUUCAAAAAGAAUUAGGUAAGCCACUAAUAUUUCCUGGUAAUCAAGUACAAUGGGAUUCAUUGAUUGAUCACUCUGAUGUUUGCAAUGAUGCACAAUUUGAAUUAUGGGCAUCUGUUACGAAAGAAGCUGAAAAUCAAGAAUUUAAUAUCCACAAUGGUGAUUAUAAUAAAUUUCGAGUAUUAUGGCCUAAAAUUGCAAAAUAUUUUGAUAUUCCUGUUGGUGAGCCAUCGAAUAAAGAUCCACCUCCAAAAAAUGGUGAAGUAAAAUGUCAGAUGCCUUUAGUUGAAUACAUGAAAGACAAAAAAGAUGUUUGGAAAAGAAUCGCACAUAAAUAUAGUCUUGAUGAAUCAGCAUUUGAUUAUGCUACGUGGGAUUUUGCUGAUGCGAUUGUUGGACGAGCAUUCGAUGAAUAUGGUGAUAUGUCAAAAGCUCGUAAAUUGGGGUGGAACAAAUAUGUUGAUACAGGCGAUUCUUAUUUGAGAACAUUUGAUAGAUUAAAAAAAUUAAAGAUUAUUCCAUGA